ACCGUAGGCGUCUUGUGACGAUCACGAGUGUGUCCAGAACUGUUGUCGAUUGGCUCGUGGCGAGCUCAGAACCUUUAUAAACGUGCGAAGACUUCAGUCCGUUACAGUCAAUACUAACUGAGAAUGAGGUUCCUGGUGUUGGCAGCGUUGGUGGCUACUGCCUUGGCUUCACCCGUGAUAGACUUUGGUCUCCUAUCAGACGAGGAGAUAGAGUACAUCAACAAAGUACAGACCUCCUGGAAGGCUGGCCGAAACUUUCCCAAAGGUGCAACCUACGUUAAGAACCUGAUGGGAGUGGACAUGAAGAAAUCUCUAGCCUACAUGAAGAAACACCUGAAAGAGAAGGAAUAUGGCGAGCUGACUGCUUUACCCGACAACUUUGAUGCCAGAGUGCAAUGGCCCAACUGUCCGACAAUCAAGGAGGUUCGAGACCAGGGCAACUGCGGCUCUUGCUGGGCUUUUGGAGCAGUGGAAGCCAUGUCUGACCGCAUCUGUAUCAAGUCUAAUGCCACCCAAAACUUCCACCUAGCGGCUGAGGAUCUGCUGUCGUGCUGUAAAGAAUGUGGCGAUGGAUGUGAUGGUGGAUUUCCAUCUGCAGCGUGGGUUUACUUUGACAGAGACGGCAUUGUGACAGGCGGCCCAUACAACAGCAGCCAGGGCUGUCAGCCAUAUGAGAUCCCUGCUUGUGAUCAUCAUGUGGUUGGCCAUCUGAAGCCAUGUCAGGGUGAAUCACAGACACCCGCAUGUAGCAAGAAAUGUGAGGCAAAUUACAACAGCACUUUUGAAAAAGACAAGCACUUUGGUGCAAGAUCAUACAGUGUGAGAGGAGAAACACGAAUCAUGGAGGAACUUUAUACCAACGGACCAGUAGAGGCUGCUUUUACUGUGUAUAGCGACUUCCUGCAGUACAAGUCAGGUGUAUAUAAGCAUACCAGUGGUAGCGUUUUGGGUGGCCAUGCUGUAAAAAUCCUAGGGUAUGGUGUGGAGAGUGGAGAGAAAUACUGGUUGGUAGCAAACUCUUGGAACCCUGACUGGGGUGAUGCCGGUUUCUUCAAGAUACUGCGUGGGGUAAAUGAGUGUGGCAUCGAGAGCCAGAUUGUUGCAGGAGAGCCAAAGGUGUAACACAGGCACUUGACUCUUGACUUGGACCACAGAAUAAAUGAAUUAAAGCAA